CUACUGGAACAUGUCUGGCUCAUACGAUCGCGCACUCACCGUCUUCUCGCCUGAUGGGCAUCUAUUCCAGGUAGAAUAUGCUCUCGAAGCCGUCAGGAAGGGUACAUGCGCAGUCGGUGUACGCGGCAAGAACGUCGUGGUAUUGGGUGUCGAGAAGAAAUCCGUUCUGCAGCUGCAAGAUCCUCGAACUGUUCGUAAGGUUGUUAUGCUCGACGAUCACGUUUGUCUAGGUUACGCUGGCCUCACGGCGGACGGACGCGUCUUGAUUGACAAGGCGCGCGUCGAGUGCCAGAGCCAUCGUCUGACUGUCGAAGAUCCAGUCACCGUGGAGUACAUUACCCGAUACAUCGCGGGUAUUCAACAGCGCUAUACGCAAUCCGGAGGCGUACGGCCAUUCGGUAUUUCCACCCUUAUUAUUGGCUUCGAUCCCCAUGACUCGAGGCCGCGCCUCUACAUGACAGAGCCGAGUGGAAUUUACAGUGCUUGGAAAGCGAAUGCUAUCGGUAGAUCAUCCAAAACAGUACGAGAGUUCCUCGAGAAGAACCACAGAGAUGACAUGACGCGGGACGAGUCCAUCAAGCUCACUGUAAAGAGUCUCUUGGAAGUUGUACAGACUGGCGCGAAGAACAUCGAGAUCAGCGUCAUGGAUGGCUACGGAAACGUCUCGAACUUGGAUCUUGCCCAGAUUGAGAGCAUUGUCUCUGAGAUUGAACGUGAAAAAGAAGCAGAGGCGGAGCGGAAGCGGACAAGAUUGGCAGCUACGGCUGCUGGGCAAGCGGCAAUGGGCUCACGAGCAGACGUGCCACCGUCGGAUGCAUAGAUGUGCUUAUUAUUGUACCGAUCUUUGUCAUUUGCAAUGGAAAAUAUUUUCUGUAGCAGUUCAUUGUCGAGGUAGCUCUUGAUUAGCAGGCGAUAAAUUGCAA